AGCGUUGCAUGGAUAUACUUCUGUGAUAUGUGUUUUCUUUUCCUGCAUGCUGCGGAGGAAACACACCAAUUUUAACCGAUAAGCGAGGGAAUUUUUUUCCCCCCAAUUUGGAAUAACCCAGUGUGAGCCAUUUUUGCCAUGCACCACCCGGCGUAGGAAGUACGGCACUUGCACCUCCCCCCCCACAACGGUUACACAACUGCGACAUCUGCGAGGUAGCCAUUUAGCCAUUUUCUUUUUUUCUCGUUUUCUUCUUUACCCUUUUUUAACCCCCCUUCCUGCACACCUCCACGAAUUAUGCACGUCCUGACGCCCUCCCUUUACAUAUAUGCAUUUUUUAUAGUCUGCGUUAGAUUAAAAUGUGGGCGGAGCAAAAGAGUUGCCAACGCCAAACAUGCGACGUACGAUAUGCCCCCCAAGGGGCUGCGCGUGAGAGACAUGCUGGAAAAAACUGCACAGCAGAAUUGUAAUCAGCGGAAGAGGGGGAAAUGUAGGAAGUUUUUUUUUCUCUGGAAAAUGGACAAAAUGGGAGAUACACAUCUGGGGGGUCAGGCGAACGGGAGGAAGAACCUCCUUCGCAGUGAGUCAGCUACGGAUGAAGCAUCAUUGGGGGGGAACCCUCUGAAGGAAAAACUUAAAGAAUCUCCUGCAAACUGGGGAAAGGACAAACAGGAGGAGCAGCAAUCAACAGACCGGCUACCCCUGCCAAAGGUGGGAAACAAAAUGCCAGAGAAGAAGCCUGACUGGUUUCAUGUGCCAGCACCCACAGGCAAAAAGUACAACGAACUGAAAGCAGAUUUGAAGAAACUAAAGCUACACACAGUUUGCGAAGAAGCUCAGUGUCCUAACAUAGGCGAGUGUUGGAAUAUCGGCACGGCAACGAUUAUGUUGUUAGGAGACACGUGCACAAGGGGGUGUAAGUUUUGCUCCAUAAAAACGUCGAGCAAACCUUUGCCACCAGAUGCUAAUGAGCCUUUUAAUACUGCAAAGGCUAUAUGCGAGUGGGACAUCAAUUACGUCGUUUUGACUUCCGUCGAUAGGGAUGAUUUACCGGAUGGGGGAGCUAGCCAUUUUGCAAAAACUAUUGAACUUAUAAAAUUCUCCAGACCAGAAAUUCUGAUCGAAUGUUUAGUUUCUGAUUUUCAAGGAAAUGUAGAUUCCAUUCGCAAGCUAGCCAAUAGCGGCAUGGAGGUUUACGCGCAUAACAUUGAAACGGUUAGGAGGCUCCAAAAGUUUGUGCGUGAUAGGAGAGCAAACUAUGAGCAGUCAUUAUGGGUUCUUAAAACUGCAAAGGAAAUCAACCCCUUGUUGUAUACCAAAACGAGCAUCAUGUUAGGGUUAGGGGAGACUAAGCAGGAGGUUCUUCAAGCCAUGGCAGAUGUAAGGCAGAACAAUAUAGAUGUGAUAACAUUCGGGCAGUAUUUACGCCCAACGAAGAACCACCUUAACGUUGUUGAAUAUGUCUCACCGCAAAUGUUUGAUUACUACAAAGAGGAGGGGAUGAAAAUGGGGUUCAAGUACAUUGCUAGUGGGCCACUCGUUCGGUCCUCCUACAAGGCUGGAGAGUAUUUUAUGAAAAACCUCGUCGAGCAACGCAGGGGAGUUAAGUUGCAUGCGGAGGGGUGA